GCCAGUGGAGCGAAGUCCACCUCCGACGUCCUCCGCCAUGCAGCCAGAGACGCGCACGACUCGCCUGUGACGGGUGUUCGCAACGCGGGGAGAGUUCAUCCGCUUCAGCGAGCGGGCGGUGCGCAGAGACAAAUCAAGGACACCCUGUUUCGCCUCCUCCUCCUCCUCCUCCUCCUCCUUCUUCGUCUUCUUCUUCGUCUUCUUCUUCGUGGAGUUGAGCAUUUCUGUUGGAUUUUUUUUAUUUUAUUUUAUUUAUAUGUAAAAAAAAGGGGGAUUAUUUUUUUUGUUGUUCGUUGGUCGAAGCCUUUUUCAGCGACAUGGAGUACACGUCCUCCCCGAAGCCGCAGCUCUCCUCGCGGGCAAACGCGUUCUCCAUAGCCGCGCUGAUGUCCAGCGGAAAGACCAAUAAGGACAAGGAGACGGAGGAGAACACCAUCAAGCCCCUUGAACAAUUUGUGGAGAAGUCCUCCUGCAACCAGCAGUCUCUGGCGGACCUGUCCUCCUUGGACGGGCACGGCGACUUUAGCGGGAGCGCGCCCGCGGUGUGCACGGAGCCGCUCAUCCCCACCAAUCCCGGCAUCCCUAGCGAGGAGAUGGCGAAGAUCUCGUGCAGCUUGGAGACCAAAGAGCUGUGGGACAAAUUUCACGAGCUCGGUACCGAGAUGAUCAUCACCAAGUCCGGAAGGAGGAUGUUCCCCACCAUCCGGGUCUCUUUCUCCGGGGUGGACCAAGACUCCAAGUACAUCGUGUUGAUGGACAUCGUCCCGGUGGACAACAAGCGGUACCGGUACGCCUACCACCGUUCCUCCUGGCUGGUGGCCGGCAAGGCCGACCCUCCCCUUCCCGCAAGGUUGUACGUCCACCCGGACUCCCCGUUCACCGGAGAGCAGCUCGUCAAGCAGAUGGUUUCCUUCGAGAAGGUCAAACUGACCAACAACGAGCUGGACCAGCACGGACACAUCAUCCUGAACUCCAUGCACAAGUACCAGCCGCGGGUCCACAUCAUCAAGAAGAAGGAGCACACCGCCUCGCUGCUCAACCUCAAGUCCGAGGAGUUCCGCACGUUCGUCUUCGUGGAGACGGUCUUCACCGCCGUCACGGCCUACCAGAACCAGCUGAUCACCAAGCUGAAGAUCGACAGCAACCCGUUCGCCAAAGGUUUCCGGGACUCGUCUCGGCUGACGGACAUGGAGAGGGAAAGUGUUGAGAAUCUGAUCCACAAGCACUCGUACGCCCGGUCGCCGAUCCGAACCUACGCCGGCGACGAGGAGAACCUGGGCGAGGACGGACUCGGCGGACACACCCGAGGCUCCGCCUUCAGCGCCUCGGACAACCUCUCCCUGAGCUCCUGGGUCACCACCACCUCGGGCUUCUCGGGCUUCCAGCACCCGCAGUCCCUCUCGGCCAUGGGCUCCGGCGCCGGCUCCCUGCCGCACCCCAUCCAGGGCUCCCUGCCCCCCUACAGCCGGCUGGGCAUGCCGCUGACCCCCACCGCCCUGGCCGGGACCAUGCAGGCCAGCGGGCCGUCCUUCCCCUCCUUCCACAUGCCCCGCUACCACCACUACUUCCAGCAGGGGCCCUACGCCGCCAUCCAGGGACUCCGCCACUCCUCCACGGUCAUGACGCCCUUCGUAUGA